CAGGUUUUUUUUUUAACCAAUAAAAUGUAACUUUAUCAUUUUAAUAAAACUUUCUCACGAUAAACGCGACAUUUCUCUAUUAUUGUUAUUAUUAUUAUUAUUGUUAUUAUUGUUGUUAUUGUUGUUAAUGAGGAUCAAUCACUCGUUGAUUAUUAGUCCUGCACACUGUGUCUCUGUCUCUAAACCCGUUCGUCCAAUGAGAGUCCAGCUGUGACGUCACUGAUGCGUAUGAAUCCGCCACUGCUCCAAUGAGGAUCCUCCGGGACCCGGACUGGUCCAGUUGGUCCCGCGGUUUCUGCGGCUGGAAUAAAAACUGAAGAGUCCGCGGGAGGAGACCGCCGAUCCAUCACCGACCACCGGAGCAGGACACCGGGGACACAGUUCAGAGACACCAGAGCAUCAUCAUCAUCAUCAUCAUGGACUGAGGGACGAGCUCCUGGUCCGGGUCUUACUAUGAGCCAGUGUCCUGCCGAUGGAGACUAGCAGCGCAUGGAGAAGGAGGUGAUGGAGAUCCGGAUCAGCGGAGUCCGGCACAUGUGCGCCCUGAUCCUGCUGCUGAUUUCUGCGUGUCCGCUGAGCUGCGCAGGAACCUGGAUGUGGCUGGGCAUGACUUCGGCCGGCGCGCUGGAGAAGCUGAGCUGCGCGAACCUCCCUCUGAGCCAAAGGCAGCGCGAGCUGUGCAGGAAGAAACCGUUCCUGCUGCCCAGCAUCCAGGACGGCGCCCGGCUUGCCAUCAGCGAGUGUCAGAACCAGUUCAGACACGAGAGGUGGAACUGCUCUACCACCAACGAGCUGUCGGUGUUCGGACACGAGCUGACAAGUGGAACCAAAGAAACGGCGUUCAUUUACGCGGUGAUGGCAGCCGGGCUGGUCCAUGCCGUCACGCGGUCCUGCAGUCAGGGCAACACGACGGAGUGCGGCUGCGACCCCAAACUGCGGGGCGGCGGCGGUGUCGCGGCCGAGGGCUGGCACUGGGGCGGCUGCUCGGACCACAUCCAGUACGGGACCUGGUUCAGUCGCAAGUUCAUCGACAACACCGUCAAAAACACGUCGACCACCCGAGGAGGAUACACGCUGCUCGCCAUGAACCAGCACAACACGGAGGCCGGACGCCAGGCAAUCGACAAGACGAUGUCGACAGACUGCCGUUGCCAUGGCGUCUCUGGUUCCUGCGCGGUCAAAACGUGUUGGAGGACGAUGGCGGCGUUCGAACACGUCGGCGUUUACCUGAAGGAGCGAUACGAGCGCAGCGUCCAGGUGUUGGACCGCUCCAAGAGGAAGACGCGGAGGAAGGAGCAGCGCCACCUGCCUGUCGACAAACACCAGCUCAUCUUCUUCAACAAGUCUCCAAACUACUGCCUGGAGGACCGGCGGCGGGGCGUCGCCGGGACCAGGGGUCGCCGCUGUAACCGGGCGUCUCCCGGACCAGACGGCUGUAACCUGCUGUGCUGCGGCCGAGGAUACAACACGCACGUGGUGAGACACGUCCAGCGCUGCGAGUGCAAGUUCGUGUGGUGCUGCUACGUCCACUGCCGCCGCUGCGAGAGCAUGAACGACAUGCACACCUGUAAAUAAAGACCCUGGACCCCGGAUCCCAUUUAGACUGUUCCAGGUCCUGGCUCCUGUUUAAACUGCUCUGUCUCCCAUUUAAACUGUUAUUAAUCAUACUCUGGAUCCUGUUUGGACAUUUCUGGGUUUAGACUGCUAUGAAUCUGUCUUGGCAUACUGACCAGACCAGUUCCCGAUCCUGAAUCCUGUUCAGACUGUUCUGGAUCUUGUUCUGGAUCCUGUUUGGACUGUUCUUACUCCUUAAACCAUUCUGGACCUUGUAUAGACUGCUUUAGAUCCAGCUUAGACUGCUACCAGGAUCCUGGUAGGACUGUUAUGGAUCGUUCUCUGGAUCCCGUUAAGACUGCUACAGAUCCUGUUUAGACUCUUCUGGAUCCUGGUCAAGACCGCUGGAUCCUAUACAGACUGUUGUGGAUCCUGGAUCCUUUUCUGACUGUUCUGCAUCCUUUAUAGACUACUCUGGAUCCUGUUUAGAUGGUUCUGGAUCCUUUUUGGACUCCUCUGGAUCCUGGAUCGGCAUUAGACUCUGAAUCACAAACUUGUGGUUUAAAUAUUGACAACAAACAAAGUAAAGGUUUUUGUAUUUUAUUUUGGUCAUAAACGUUUAUUUAUGUGUAAACA